UUAAAACAUGCAAAACUUCGAUGAUGUGUUUUGAAUAUUUUUGAAACAUAUUUACACUUAUAAAUCGUUUUGCCAAUGCAGAAUUUAUUGGGCGACAAUGACACAAUUUAACUUGGAACCUUUCAUGGGUCACAAAACUAGUUAGACAUAAUUGGUUAAGGACUGCAAUUGGUAAUUCGGAUUUUUGGAGGACCAAAUCUGACAGGGACUAAAUUUGCAAUUAACCCUAAAAAGACAACAAUCUAUAUAUAACCAAUUCCCUUUGAGCGAGUCGGGAAAUUUCAGCUCAGCAGUACUCAAAUCCAUCAAUGGCGGAAGGCAACAUUCAGCUUCAACGAGGGAGAAGGACCGGAAGGAGAACUGGGGGAGGAGUAACCCCACGUACCCUUCUUCCACUCCGCCGUGUCUCCUCCCACCUCUCAAACUCCAUUUCCUGCUGGUACUGUGACUUCAAGUCGUCUGUCUUCAACGACCCUCUCUUUCAAUUCGGACGAAAAUACUUCAGGUGGUUAAGAAUAUGGUUCUCCAUCGGGAUGGGUUUCAGUUUGACUACUUUGAUUGGAGUUACACUCAUUAUCUUGUUGGAAUCAGCCAGAGCUUUGAAUCUAUACAAUGGGAUCCCAUGGCUUAACAAUAUUCUUAAUGGAUCCAUCUUCGGAUCCUACUCUUCACUACACAACAUAACAGUUGCUGAUAUUGGAUACAUGUGCAUAUCUUCCAUAAUAUCUGUAUCCAUACAUGAACUUGGACACGCACUUUCUGCCACAAGUGAGGGCAUACAAAUUGAGUACACUGCCGUGUUUUUGGCAGUUCUGUUUCCAGGUGCACUUGUUGCCUUCAAUGAUGAUUUGCUACAAAUGAUCCCACGUGUAGCUACACUUCGCAUAUACUGUGCAGGAAUCUGGCAUAAUGCAGCACUAUGUCUUGUUUGUGCAUUGACUCUCUUCCUUCUACCAUUCAUCUUCUAUCCACUUUACUCCCAUGGUGAAAGCCUCAUGGUUUUGGAUGUUUCUCGUAAGUCACCUUUGUAUGGCCACUUAUCUCCCGGUGAUAUAAUCACCAUGUUAGACGGGGCCCACGUUCGUACAACAAAAGAAUGGAUGGAUAUUUCUUAUUUUUUAGAGAAGCAAAAAUCUCAAACAAAUAAAGGAUAUUGUGUCCCGAAUUUAAUGAUUGCGGGAAGCAAGAACCCUGAAAUCAUGGACAACAAAUUCACAUGUCCAAACGACCUCACAUUAUUCACCACCAUUUCAUGUAAUUCAAGAACAAAUGAAACCGAUCAUCAACAGACAAAAGAGCAUAUCUAUUGUUUUCCGGCCAAGGGCGUGUUAGGGGAGAAAAAAUGUGGUGAUGGGUGGGGCAAUUUGGUAAAAGACGAUGGUAAUUGUUUAUGUGAAGAUGAUGAAUCGUGCUCGAGUCCAAUUCAUAUGCCAGGUGUCACAUGGGUUGAGAUCACAUUUUCGAGACAUGAAUGUGGAAAUAAAGAAAAUGUAUGUGGUGGGAGUUUUGUGUUUGUAGGUGAUAUGAUUUCAAUGGCACGUUCGAUUAGGGUAACGAAUUAUCAGUCUCGUUGGUUUUAUGGUGUUGUGUGUGUUCCUGUUGUAGUGGAGAAGUUGUUGGUGAAUAUCUUUCAUGUGUCAUUGAUGUUGGCUCUUUUAAAUAGUUUGCCGGUGUAUUAUCUUGAUGGAGAAUCGAUUUUAGAGGUGGCUCUUUGUUGUUUUAGUUCAUUGACACCGAGGAUACGUGAAUUGGUUGUUCAAUCGUGUUUAAGUCGGAGAGAUUGGUUAUAUGGACAAUUUGUGUAUGCAAAGCAAGUGUUCGAUGAAAUGCUGGAACCAGAUUAUGCUAAGACAAACAAUAAUGCUACUAUGAUACUUGGAAUCAUAGUUUCUGUAACAAGCAAAAGUGACACUUCUUUGUUUAUCUACAAACAGGGAAAUGGCAUCGCCUACCUACUUCUAUAUGUCGACGAUAUCGUCUUGACCACCUCCUCCACCGCACUCAAGAUACGUCUCAUCACCGGAUUAAAACUAUAUCGAAGAGAUGCUUCUUGUCUUAUUCUUCGGUAUCUUAAGGGUACUCCGACGCAUGGUUUGACACUGCAUUGUUCUCCUUCUACACAACUUGUUUCCUAUACUAAUGAUGAUUGGGGCGGUUGUCUCGACACUAGACGAUCAACUUCAGGCUAUUGUAUUUUUCUUGGUGAUAAUCUCAUUUCAUGGUCUGCUAAGCAACAUACCACUCUCUCUCGAUCCAAUGCUGAAGUAGAAUAUCGCGGUGUUGCAAAUGUAGUUGUCGAAGCUUUUUGGCUCCGUAACAUCCUGCUUGAGCUACACACGCCGUUACAGUAG